UGAACGAAUCAGACCGGGCCAAAGCUAACCUUCCCAUCGGAGCCCUAAGCUUCCUCCGCUUGAAUCGAAUAGGAAAAUUCAAACCCCUCAUCAGCGUUUUCUGUGUUCUCCCUUCUAGAAAUUCGGCACGCAGCCCAACACCGCCACAUCUUCAUAAUUCAUAUGCUCUCCACACACCCAUCUUCUUCUUCAUCCUUCACACUAGACGCCAAUUUCCCCACCAUACUUUCUGCUCGUCACCUCGCCAUCUUCAUUGAAUGAUCUAUUCUAUUCUUAGAUAAUUGCGUAGGGGAACCAGUAUUUAUACAAGCAUUGAGUCAUGUAUAUGAGUCGUGCCUCCUCCUCCGUCUCCUCCUUGUGCCGCCGCCGCUUCUUAUUCUCUCCGUCUCCGUUCUCUCCCUCCGCUUCUUCGUUCUACCAGCAGCAGUCUAGGCCGCUGACUUUCGCCUCCGCUUUUAGGUCGCUCAGAUGCUCCGUGCCGCGGUGGAGCCACGGCGUUGAUUGGAAAUCCCCCGCUAGCCUCACUGCUCAGAUCAGGAGCGCCGCCCCCGUUCUCAACGAUUUCCAUCGAAAGAUCGCGACCAUGGCAUCCGAGAAUCCUUUCAAGGGAAUCUUUACCAGUCUCCCCAAGCCAGGAGGUGGAGAAUUCGGAAAGUUCUACAGUCUGCCAGCUCUCAAUGAUCCCCGGAUCGAUAAGCUGCCAUACUCUAUUAGAAUCCUUCUUGAAGCCGCAAUUCGCAACUGUGACAACUUUCAAGUGACCAAGGAAGAUGUUGAGAAGAUUAUUGACUGGCAAAACACUGCUCCUAAGCUAGUGGAGAUACCCUUCAAGCCUGCCCGUGUCUUAUUACAAGACUUUACUGGUGUCCCAGCAGUUGUAGAUCUUGCUUGCAUGCGCGAUGCCAUGAACAAGCUUGGUAGUGAUUCUAACAAGAUCAACCCCUUGGUUCCAGUGGAUCUUGUUAUUGAUCAUUCUGUUCAAGUUGAUGUUGCAAGGUCAGAAAAUGCUGUUAAGGCAAAUAUGGAGCUUGAGUUCCAGAGGAACAAGGAGAGAUUUGCCUUUCUUAAAUGGGGUUCUAAUGCUUUCCACAACAUGCUUGUUGUUCCCCCUGGCUCUGGAAUUGUCCAUCAGGUGAAUCUUGAAUAUCUUGGACGAGUUGUCUUUAACACUGAUGGCGUACUUUAUCCCGAUAGUGUGGUUGGAACAGACUCCCACACAACCAUGAUUGAUGGACUAGGAGUAGCAGGCUGGGGUGUUGGAGGUAUCGAAGCUGAAGCAGCCAUGCUUGGCCAGCCAAUGAGUAUGGUAUUGCCUGGAGUUGUUGGGUUCAAGUUAUCAGGAAAAUUACGGAAUGGUGUAACAGCCACAGACUUGGUUUUAACUGUCACACAAAUGCUGAGGAAACAUGGUGUUGUUGGCAAGUUUGUUGAAUUCCAUGGUGAUGGUCUGGCUGAAUUAUCACUAGCUGACAGAGCAACCAUUGCUAACAUGUCUCCUGAAUAUGGUGCAACCAUGGGAUUCUUUCCUGUAGAUCAUGUGACCUUGCAGUACCUCAAAUUGACAGGGAGAAGUGAUGAAACAGUCGCAAUGAUUGAAGCAUAUCUUCGUGCAAAUAAAAUGUUCGUUGAUUAUAAUGAGCCUCAACAAGAAAGAGUGUACUCAUCAUCCCUGCAACUAGACCUUGCAGGUGUUGAACCAUGCUUGUCAGGGCCGAAGAGACCACACGAUCGUGUACCACUAAAAGAAAUGAAAUCUGACUGGCAUUCUUGCCUUGAUAACAAAGUUGGAUUUAAGGGAUUUGCUGUGCCAAAGGAAGCACAAGAAAAGGUGGCAAAAUUUUCCUUCCAUGGACAGCCUGCAGAGCUCAAGCACGGAAGUGUUGUGAUUGCUGCUAUUACAAGCUGCACGAAUACAUCAAAUCCUAGUGUUAUGUUGGGAGCUGCGCUUGUUGCUAAAAAGGCAGCUGAGCUGGGCCUACAAGUAAAACCUUGGGUUAAGACUAGCCUUGCUCCAGGAUCUGGAGUUGUAACAAAAUAUUUGCAUCAAAGUGGACUGCAGAAAUAUUUGAAUGAACAAGGGUUCCACAUUGUUGGAUAUGGCUGCACAACAUGUAUUGGCAAUUCUGGUGAUUUGGAUGAAUCAGUUUCUUCUGCAAUAUCAGAAAAUGACAUUGUUGCGGCAGCUGUUCUUUCAGGAAACAGGAAUUUUGAGGGCCGUGUUCAUCCUUUGACACGGGCCAAUUACCUUGCUUCACCUCCUUUAGUGGUCGCCUAUGCUCUAGCUGGCACGGUUGAUAUUGACUUUGAGAAAGAACCAAUUGGGGUAGGCAAGGAUGGUAAGGAUGUCUAUUUCAGGGAUAUCUGGCCAACAACAGAGGAAGUUGCUGAGGCUGUCCAAUCCAGUGUGUUACCUGACAUGUUCAAGAGUACAUAUGAAUCCAUUACAAAGGGGAACCCGAUGUGGAAUCAGUUAUCUGUCCCAGAAGCCAAGUUGUACUCGUGGGAUCCUAAUUCCACAUACAUUCAUGAGCCACCAUAUUUCAAAGGCAUGACUAUGGAUCCUCCAGGAGCUCGUGGAGUGAAAGAUGCGUAUUGCUUAUUGAACUUUGGUGAUAGUAUCACGACAGAUCAUAUCUCUCCUGCUGGAAGCAUUCACAAGGAUAGUCCAGCUGCUAAAUACCUCCUUGAGCGAGGUGUUGACCGCAAGGACUUCAACUCUUAUGGCAGUCGCCGUGGUAAUGAUGAAAUCAUGGCGAGGGGUACAUUUGCCAACAUCCGCCUUGUAAACAAGCUGCUAAGUGGAGAAGUUGGUCCAAAGACAGUUCACAUUCCCACGGGAGAGAAACUCUAUGUGUUUGAUGCUGCAAUGAGAUACAAGUCUGAAGGGAAGGACACUAUAAUCUUGGCUGGAGCAGAAUAUGGAAGUGGUAGCUCUAGGGAUUGGGCUGCCAAGGGCCCAAUGUUGUUGGGAGUAAAAGCAGUUAUAGCUAAAAGCUUUGAGAGGAUUCACCGCAGCAACUUAGUUGGAAUGGGUAUCGUUCCUCUGUGUUUCAAGGCCGGAGAGGAUGCAGACUCACUUGGAUUGACUGGCCACGAGCGCUACAGCAUUGAUCUUCCCAGCAAUAUUAAUGAAAUUCGCCCCGGUCAGGAUGUGACUGUUAAGACUGACAAUGGAAAAACUUUCACUUGCACUGUACGCUUUGAUACCGAGGUGGAGUUGGCUUAUUUCAAUCAUGGAGGCAUUCUUCCAUAUGUUAUUCGACAAUUGUCCAAGCAAUGAGCAACUCAACUUUGCCGUCAUGUGGUGGUGAAGCUUUUGGAUUUCGGUGCUGUAAAAUUUGAAAGAAGAAUAAAGAACAGAAAAAAGAUUAUUUCUGAAGAAACUUCAGGAUGGAUGGUUGCAGUUUUUUUAAAGUACUGAUCUUGUAUUCUUUCCAUACAGUGAUCUGAUCGGAUCGGAAUAACAUUAAAUCUGUUACUGUACCUCUCAAUGUUGGUACACCGGCAUUUGGAUAAAUUUUCAAAUUAAUGAAGUCGCGUUUCUUCUUUAU